AUGAAUAUUGAAGACGGAACCUACAUGUGGGACAUGGUCAAAUACUGGAAGCAUCCAUCGAAGGCCACACCAAUUGGCACAGUCAUGACAAUACCUGCAACAGGUUCAGAGUGGAACAACGGCGCUGUCAUCUCUCACAGAUCGACGAAAGAGAAACUUCCACUCAUCAACAACUUGUCCUCUGUAAAUCAACAUACAUGCAUGUUAUAUACAUUAGAGUUCCAUUGGCUUGACAUUAUAAUAUUACUACUAUGUGAGAUACAAACAGGAAAUAUUCUAUUCUUUGAAUCAAAAACAUUCUUGUUGAAUCAAAUAUCGAUCUGUUAUGCCCAUGUAUACAUCACAAUGACAAAUGAUAGAGAUUAUAUUUUAUUCUAA